CGGCAGAAGGCUCCAAAUCCAUAAAGACAGACGAGUCCACGGUGUCUCAUCCUGCAACGAUUUUCCCUUAUCUGAAGCUCCUCAUACUUUGAGUCUAAAGCUCCCCUCUGUACCUUCCAGUUCUCCUGAACUUUCUGUCCUUUUUGUUUUUGGGGGCUUAAAGAGAUGGGGAAGUUUAGAAAGCCAUCCCAACAAACGAAGACAGAGAGUGAAAGUGGUUCUGAAAUCGACAGUGAUGAAGUUCUAGAUAAUAUAUUAUCUAAUGACGAAGAGGAAGAGGGAAAUGUCGUAAGUGACGAGGAGGAAGAGAGAAACACUGAAAGUGAUGACUUUAGGGAGGAAGAUGAUGAGGAAGGGGGUUCCUACGAAAAGGAUGAAUCUGGUGAGGAAGACGAUUAUGAGGAAGCGGAACAAAAUGAGGUGAAAAAGAAUGCUGAAAUGGAGGAGCUUGAGAAUGAAUACAGGAAACUACAGCAAACUGAGCAAGAUCUAUUGAGCAAUCUAAAAAGCCAUAAGGAUGAAGAUAUUUUAAAAGGUGAAGCAGUAAAAAAUCAGAAGACUCUUUGGGAUAAGACUCUUGAGAUAAGAUUCUUGCUGCAAAAAGCAUUCUCAAGCUCCAAUAGACUUCCGCAGGAGCCAAUUAAGUCUUCAUUCUGUGAUUUUGGUGAUGAAAUUACUGAAGCAUAUUCAGAUCUAAUUGGUUCUUCAAUGAAGACAUUGGAGUCUAUCUCAGAAUUACAAACGGCACUUCUUGAGAAUAAUCCAUCAAUUACUCAAUCCAUAGAUGGAACUGAAGUUGUGGAAGAGUCUCAUCAGGCAAUUGGUGAAAUUGAUGAAGAAUGGUCACAAAUUGCUCAAAUGCAUUCAAGAAUGGCUUCUUUUAGAGACAAGUCAAUAGACAAAUGGCAAAGGAGGACCCAAGUAACAACCGGUGCUGCUGCAGUUAAAGGCAAAUUACAUGCAUUUAAUCAGAGUAUUAGUCAGCAAGUGAGUAAUUACAUGAGGGAUCCAAGUAAAACAAUAAAGGGUAUGCAGCUGAAUAGGUCUGCUGUAGCUCUAUUUGGAACUGUUCCUAAUACUGAUCAUACAGCCACACAAGAGGGUAUAACUGUUGAUGGCAAUCCAGAACUUCUGGAUGACUCUGACUUCUAUCAGCAGUUACUCAAGGAAUUUUUUGACUCUGUUGAUCCAACAUCAUCCGAGAAUACAUUUUACGCUCUGAAAAGACUGCAAACAAAGAAAAGGAAAGUUGUUGAUAGACGAGCGUCAAAGAGUCGAAAAAUCAGAUACGAUGUUCACGAAAAGAUUGUCAAUUUCAUGGUUCCAGAGCCCAUGGAUAUGCCUCCCAUGGCCCCCAAAUUAUUCGAGAAUUUGUUUGGUCUUAGAACACAGAGUCAAGCUUCUUAAGUAUGUAAAGCUUUAAACUAAAUGUUCAUCAAGAUCAUAUUUUUGUGGAGUAUUGGAUUCAUGUCCAUUGUAUGUGAAAUGUUCAGCAACAGUCUUAUUUAAGGAUAUCAUUACCAUGCCCUUGUACACGCAGUAAUAUACUUACAUGAAGUGGCGUUUUAGUCUUUCGUAGCACUUGUGUGUUUACUAACUUGCUCUGUUGCUUUUCUUGUUUCUUUGCACUGCUAACAUUACUUUUCACUAUUUAUCGAGUGUCU